AUGUCGAGUUUGUGCAAGGACGAAGAUUUCAAAAAAUGGGCGCUCGACGUGUACAUGCUCGACAAGUACGGCAUCGAGAUGCGGACCAACCCCACGAUGUCGAGAGCGACGGACGUAUCCUCUCAGCUCAACACCAAGCACCUGAUCACGCAACUUCGGGGCGAGAUCAACUUCCACAAGGAGGAGGGAGGGAAGGCCAAAAUCAAGAUUAACCACCUUGAGAAGCAGGUCGAGUCAUUGGAGCGGGAGAAGGGCUCGAUGCAGGCAGAGUUGGAGGCGAAGACAGAGGCGUUCGCGCAACUACAUAAAGCGUUCAACGCAUUGAAGAAUAUCGCGGCGACAAAUGUGGGGGAGAGCGAGAGCGUGUCGCAGACGGCGACCGAGGAAGCCACCCCGGCUCCACAGCAAGCUUAA